AUGGGAAGAUAUGUCAAGUGUAGAGAUUCAAGUACAGCAGAAUUCACUUUCAAUGACAAGCUUGAAAGAGGAUCAAUUCAGUAUUUUAUUGAUGUAAGUAGCUGUUCUUGCAAAUGCAAAUGUGACUGUGAGAAACUCAUUCUUGCUGUGAUCAAAAAGCUGUCGCCCAUUAAGUAUUUUCAAACUUUAGUGGAGAAUAUCUUUGUACCAAACUCAUUUGUAGUGGAAGAGACAAACGACAUUUUAGUGGUGCCCAGGAAAGCGCUGUUUUCUGUUUGAGUUAGAAUGCUGUUUGAAAAUAAUGUGAAAUAUGUAUCCAUA